AUGCAUCAUUCAGCCAGCUCCGCUCAGACUGAAAUGUCCUCAGAUGAGGCCGAGAACGAGUCUGAAUACUUGAAUCUCGAUGUGACUGUACCAUCCGAUACAGGACCUGGUCAGGAUUUGCCAGUUUUCAUAUGGAUACAUGCCAUUACUUUCUGCUCCGCUGCCUCGGGAAUAUAUGAUACGACCAAACUAGUUGCAGAUUCAAUAUCCUCGGGGCAUCCCUUUAUCACAGUAGCUCCAAACUACCGACUCAAUAUUUUCGGUUUUGGGGAUGGAAAUGGAUCAGGGAAGAUCAAUUUGUCCUUGAAAGAUCAAGAACUGGCUAUCUAUUGGGUAAGGAGGCAUAUUUCUGGAUUCGGUGGCGACCCUGCUCGCUAUACCUUUCGCCCCGAUGCCUCGUUUUCGUGGCGAGGAAAUGUCGAGGUUUUUGAGGCGCGAGCCCAUGAAUUGGAGGAUAAAUCUCUUCGCGAAUAUAGCCAAAAGGCCUUUCAACAAAUCCUUACUGAGAAUAAUAUCUCCCGCCUCCGCAAGCGGGGUUUCCAGGACCUUGCUCCUGAUGGAAUCAUAUCCAUUUUCACAGAUACAAAUAUUGAAUUGGACACCAAACUACGCAAAGCGCACGGUAUAUCUCCAAACCGUCCGACGCCCAACAUACUUGACGCGUUGGACUUUGUCCAUGAUGUCGAAUAUACUCUUCCGAUUGAGCAUUUGUGUAAAAAGCUUGCUACCGCCAAUAAAAGGGUAUACCGAUAUCUCCUCGACGAGCCGAAUCCAUGGCAACAAUCUGCUCGUGCUCACUAUGCAAUUGACUUGAUUUUCUUAUGUGGGGGUAUUGAUAUAUCGCAUAAAUCUACAGCGGAAAGGGUGGAUAGGGAGAUGAGAAGGAGAUGGGUUAUUUUCAUUCAUUGGGAGAGUCCGUGGGGAGAAGUGUCUCCAGGAACCACGUUUGCUUUUGGUCCAUAUGGCGAAUGUGAGGAGCCCAAUGAAAUGAGAUACAUGACACGGAGAAGAAUUUAUACUCUCAGCUUAUCGAGAAAAGCUGGAAUUGAAUCAUGUGCAGCAAUCGCUAAUGCAUUGGUGACUGGGAGCAUGAAUCUGCUUAACUAG